AUGGGGCUGCCCGUGGGGCUGAUCCUGGGCGUGGGUGCUGGGGCGGCUGCAGCCGGCUGUGGCUAUGAGUCCUGCCCGGCCACUAAAGCAGACAUGCUGAAUGUCCACUUGAUCCCUCACACGCACAACGAUGUGGGCUGGCUGAAAACAGUGGAUCAGUAUUUUUAUGGAGCACGCAACGACAUCCAGCACGCCGGCGUGCAGUACAUCCUGGACUCCGUCAUCCCCCAGCUCCUGGCCGACCCCACCAAGCGCUUUAUCUACGUCGAGGUGGCCUUCUUCUACCGCUGGUGGCGGCUGCAGGCGGAGUCCACGCGGCAGGCGGUGAGGCAGCUGGUCAGCGAGGGACGGCUGGAAUUUAUCAACGGCGGCUGGUGCAUGAACGAUGAGGCAGCCGCCCACUACAACGCCAUGAUCGACCAGAUGACGCUGGGGCUGCGCUUCCUACAGGAGACCUUCGGGGAGUGUGGCCGGCCUCGCGCCGCCUGGCACAUCGACCCCUUCGGCCACUCCCGAGAGCAGGCCUCCCUCUUCGCCCAGAUGGGCUUCGACGGCUUCUUUUUCGGCCGCCUGGAUUACCAGGACAAAGCCAACCGGGAGCAGCUGCGGGAGAUGGAGCAGAUCUGGAGAGCGAGCGCCAGCCUGCAGCCACCCGGUGCCGACCUCUUCACCGGUGUCCUCCCCAACGGCUACAACCCGCCCCUGUCCCUCUGCUGGGACCAGUUCUGCUCCGACAGCCCCAUCGUGGACGAUGCGAGUGAUGAGAACAACGUGGACAGCCUGGUGGCAUAUUUCCUGGGAACCGCAGCUGCCCAGGCCAAGCACUACCGCACUAAGCACAUCGUCAUGACGAUGGGCUCGGAUUUCCAGUACGAGAACGCCAACCUGUGGUACAAGAACAUGGACAAGCUCAUCAAACACGUCAACGCGCAGCAACUCAACGGGAGCCAGGUUCACGUGCUCUACUCCACCCCCACCUGCUACCUGUGGGAACUCUUCAAAGCCAACCUGUCGUGGUCCCUCAAAUACGACGAUUUCUUCCCUUACGCUGACGGGCCGCACCAUUUCUGGACAGGCUACUUCACCAGCCGGCCGGCCUUCAAGCGCUACGAGCGACUGAGCAACAACUUCCUACAGGUUUGCAACCAGCUGGAAGCCUUGGCUGGUCCGGUGGCGAGGACGGGUCCCUACGGGAAAGGAGACAGCGCCGUGCUCCGCCAGGCCAUGGCAGUGGCCCAGCAUCACGACGCCGUCAGCGGGACGGAGAAGCAGCACGUGGCGAAUGACUACGCCAAGCGCCUGGCUGCCGGCUGGGACGCCUGCCAGGUCCUGGUCAGUAACGCUCUGGCCAGCAUCAGCGGCAACAAGGAGAACUUCAUCUAUUGCAACUACCUCAAUAUCAGCGUGUGCCCGCUGACCGAAUCCUCCGGCACCUUCAUGGUGAUCCUCUACAACCCGCUGGGACGGCGUGUGAGCUGGAACGUCCGGCUGCCGGUGAAGGGAGCCUCGUAUUCGGUGACAGAUCCCAACGGCCAGACGGUGCCGAAUGAGGUUGUCCCCGUCUCAAACUUCACCCGGGCGGUGAGGCGAGACCGGGGAGACGCCACCCACGAGUUGAUCUUCCCUGCCUCGGCCCCUCCCCUGGGCUACAGCUCCUACACCGUCUCAAAAACGGCCAGCGGGGACCUGCGCUCCAGGCUGGCCAAGCGGAUCCGGGAGCAGGCCCAGCCCCGGGUGGGCGCCUGGCCCCCCAGGGAGAUCCAGAAUGAGCACCUCCGGGUUCUCUUCGACCCGGGCACUGGGCUCCUGAUGGAGAUUCAGAACCUGGACAAAAGCAUCUCGCUGCCUGUGUCUCAGAACUUCUUCUGGUACAACGCCAGCAUUGGCAAUGAUGACAGCGCCCAGGCCUCCGGGGCAUAUAUCUUCAGGCCCAACCGCUCCGAGCCCUUCCGUGUGGCUGGGCGAGCCCACACGUACUUGGUGAAGAACAAGCUGGUGCAGGAGGUUUACCAGAACUUCUCUUCGUGGUGCUCGCAGGUGGUGCGGCUCUAUGCUGGGGAGGCCUAUGUGGAGCUGGAGUGGACGGUGGGGCCCAUCCCUAUAGACGACGGGCUAGGCAAGGAGAUCAUCAGCCGUUUCGAGACGUCCCUGCAGACAGACGGACGCUUCUACACGGACUCCAACGGGCGGGAGAUUCUGGAGCGGAGGCGGGAUUAUCGAGCCACGUGGAACCUGAGCCAGACGGAGCCGGUGGCUGGGAACUACUAUCCCGUCAACAGUCGCAUCUAUAUCAAGAACAAGAAGUUCCAGCUGACGGUGCUGACGGAUCGCUCGCAGGGGGGCAGCAGUGUGGCCGAUGGCUCCGUGGAGCUCAUGGUGCAUCGGCGGCUGCUCUACGACGACAACCGUGGGGUGGGGGAGCCCCUGCUGGAGCCGGGGGUCUACAACGACGGCCUGGUGGUGAGGGGCCGGCACCUCGUCUUCCUGGACACGGUGGAGUCUUCGGCUGAUCGGCACCGGCUGCAGGCCCAGCAGGAGUUCAUGGCGCCCCAGCUGGUCCUGGCCCCUGGCGGGGGCCCUUCCUUCCACCGGGGGCAGCGCAGCCUCAAGCAGUUCUCUGCUCUGAAGCAAGCGCUUCCCCCCUCCAUCCAUCUCCUGACGCUGGCCCAGUGGGACCCCAGCUCCGUCCUCAUCCGCCUGGAGCACCAGUUUGAGAGAGGGGAGAGCGCCAACGGCUCCCAGCCCAUCACUGUCGACCUGCUGCACCUGUUCUCCUCCUUCACCAUCACCUCCCUGCAGGAGAUGAACCUGGUGGCCAACCAGAAGCGAGAGGCCAUGAACCGGCUCAACUGGAGGCCAGCCACAGGUGCAGCAAGGCGCCAGCCCUACCCUCGGCUUAACCCGCUGGGAGUCACGCUGCAGCCCAUGGAGAUUCGCACCUUCCUGGCCACCAUCCAGUACACGGGCCCCAGUGGGGGCCAGGCGGAGCUGUAGGGGGAGCCAGCCCCCCACCUCCGUCCCAGGAUCAAGCCGUCCAGGUGGAGCCCUGAACUGCUGGCCCCCCCCACCUCAGCCAGGUGGGGCCCUGCCCACCUGAGAACUUGACUGGUGGGAAUGGGGGGGCACAUCCUGGCUGUUGGGAGGCUUGCCUUGGAAAGCGACCCAGCACGAACCAAACUUGCACCUGUCAGGCCCUGCUUUAAGGCAGUGCCAGCCUCGGGGGAGAAGGGGGCAGAAUCCAGCCCCCCCCCCCCCCCCCCCAACUCCUCAGCACAGCCUCUGAUUUCUACCCACCUGCCCCUUCAGCCUGAGGCCGGCGUAGUGUGGGUCUAAGUGCCACUGUUAAUAAACAAG